AUGAUUACGAACAGAAACAACCGCUUUGCAAAUUUUGACAUCAUCAACAAGCUCAACUUCAAUACCAAUCACAGACUAAUUAGAGCUGAAAUAAAAUCAGUACAACCAAAAAACCCUAGACCGAGACAGGAACUACCAACUAACAAGCUCAGCAAGCAACAAAACGAGCAACUAGUACUCACCCUAACGGACAAAUUUACAGAACUAGAAGAGUACGCAAAGAUCGCAGGAACUCAGGAAAAAUACAACUGGAUAGAGACUACUAUUAAAGUUCAACUACAACACAUUAAUAAGAUAAAACCUGAUCCGAGGAACGUGUUAACAACUAGUACCAUGAAAUUGCUAGAACAAAGAAACCAGCUAAUCAACACAAAAGAUAUAAACGACAGAAGAAAGCACAUAGCGAAAAUCAGUAAAGACAUCAAUGAAAGCAUAAGAAAAGACAGCAAAAGAAGAAGAAUGGAAAUUAUCGAACAACAUGUAACCAAAACAGGAGGUUUUAAAAAUGCUAACAAGGAAUUAACAAACUCAAAAGACUGGAUCGCAAAAAUUAAAAACGACAGCGGAGAAUACAGCUACCACAGAAAAAAAAUCUUAGGAAUUGUCAUAUCUCAUUUCAGAAAGAUAUACGAACACAACAUCGCUCAAGACGAAGACGACUUAGAGGAAACCUCAAACGUCUCUAACAUCCUUAUGAGUGGCGAGUUAACUACAUCACCAGUAAUAUUAAUAACGAGGCAGCUAGUCAUCGGUGCAGCAGUUGAAAUCGCCAGCCUACCCAAGAAAGACUUCAGGGCUAGGUCUAAAGUAAUACUCGGUCAUAACUGCACCGGUCCAACAAUCAAGGUACUUGAUUAUACGUACCACCCCGACUUCCAGAAAACCACUUUCAGCUCGCUCGUGUUGAUACAGUUGGACAUUCUUGUUUUAGGACAAGAGCUACGACCUAUUUGCCCGCCACCGAACAAAAUUUAUAAGCCAGAAUUCUACGCCAUGUCUUUAUCGAGAGAUUGUAUGGAAUCCAGGAUUAAUAUAUAUAAAAUGACUUACGUCGACACUAAAGAAUGUAAGCAGUUCUACCGGAGGUCUGGGUUAGACGAAAAGAGUGUUUGGCCUAAAUACACGGUAUGUGCAAAGGCACUCAGAGGCGGAGAAUGCUUGUGGCAAAGCGGAGUGUUUCUCGUCAUGAAGCAAGAUAAUAGAUGGAUGUUGGCUGGCUUUGGUGUCCAUGGUCCUGGAUGCGAAUCUCCUGCAAGAUUUUUGGACUACGGCAUGUACCAUCAGUGGGUUCGAACCGUGAUUGAAAGGAUCGGCAGACCGGCCAUAACUAGGCUCGCUCCUAACGUCAUUAUAAUGCGACGACGUCUAACAAAUGUGCAAAGAUUUGGGCCUUGCGAUGCUGAAGAGACACGGGCAGAGAUCUAUACUGAUCAUACGGCGAUUUUGCCAUUUUCCCCUAAAGCUCGAACAGCUUAUUUAAAUUUUACAAUAUUAUCAACCUACGAAUACUCUUGCAUUGUGUUCCGAUGCAACCAAAACACAAAUGCCGUACCGACAAUCCAUCUCCGACGUUUGUGCCUCGCCAGCCGCCCAGCCUGCUACCAGUUCUCAACGCUCCAAAUUGAUUUCGAUAUAGUAAUUGUUUAUUUUGAUAACGUCGAGUACCAUGUGAACGUUUACGGCGAAGAGAUCAAAUUUCUAGACAGUAAGAGAAUCAAUGUAUAUGCUAACAGAAAUUUAAGACCUCCUCCUAUAAACGAAACAUAUAGGGUGGGCUGGCAUACAGGUUGGGGCUAA